AUGAAUUAUGAAUUAUCCGAAUCGUCUAAAAAAUCACGUGAGGAACACCAAGCAAUUUUGGACGAAUUUGAACGUAAGAAACGUGCCAGAACACUCGCAGUACCAACUGAUGAUGGACGCGUUCGAGCAAAGCUUAGAGAGCUAGGAGAGCCACAAUGUUUGUUCGGUGAAGGCCCCGGAGAUAGACGCGAUCGUCUACGAUAUUUACUUUCAAAACAAGAAGGAACUGAAAUUGUUCCUGAUGAGGAAGAAUCAUCCGCAUCCGAAUCUGAAGAAGAGAAAGAGGAGGAGUUUUUUACUCAAGGAACUCCAGAAUUGUUAGAAGCUCGGCGAUGGAUUGCAAGUUACUCUUUACCCAGAGCAAGAGAUCGACUUCAAAAGCAACGUUUGGAAUAUGAAUUACCAUUACCUCAGCUAAAAUCAUUACGAAAAGAUUUAUUUUCAGAAUUAAAGUCUUAUGCAAAUUUCAGUUCUCAAAUUGGAGAUGAUCGACCAACUUCACAAUGUACUUUUUCACCAGAUUGUAAUCUGGUUGCUACUGGUUCGUGGUCUGGACUAUGUAAGAUAUGGAGUGUACCAAGUUGUAAUACAUUUGCUACUUUAAAAGGUCAUACUGAUCGAGUUGGGGGAGUUUCUUGGCAUCCACAGGCAACCAUAUCCAUUGAUAGAAAUGUAGUAAAUUUGGCCUCGGGAGGAGCUGAUGGGUUUAUUAACUUGUGGUCAUUAGAGAGUGAAUCACCAUUGGCAUCAUUACAAGGACAUACUGCUAGGGUUUCAAAGAUUGACUUUCAUCCUUCUGGACGGUUUCUUGGAUCGGCGAGUUAUGAUACUUCAUGGCGUCUCUGGGACGUCGAAACUACAGAAGAGUUGCUUUUACAAGAAGGACAUUCAAGAGAAGUCUAUGCAAUUAAAUUCCAAAUAGAUGGUGCAUUAGUCGCCACAGGUGGAUUAGAUGCAAUAGGAAGAGUAUGGGAUUUAAGAACAGGUAGAUCUACGAUGGUUUUAGAGGGACAUGUUAAAGAUAUUUUAUCAGUGGACUUUUCACCAAACGGUUAUCAAGUUGUUACUGGAAGUGCUGACAAUACGAUUCGAAUUUGGGACAUUCGAACCUUGCGAUGUAUAUAUGCUAUCGCUGCACAUAAAUCUCUUGUAUCGGAAGCAAGGUUUUUCCAUGGUUCAGUGACAUUAGCUAAUGAUGAACUGCUAAAUGGCGUUAGACCCGCAUUAUCUGGAUUGUAUUUAGUAAGUAGCGGAUACGAUGGAUUUGUUAAUAUAUGGUCUGCAGAUGAUUGGAACUUGUUAAAGAGUCUAGCAGGACAUGACGGAAAAGUUAUGUCUGUAGACGUUUCUUCAGAUAAUAGAUUUAUUGCUUCUUCUGGAUUUGAUCGGACAUUUAAAUUGUGGGCAAAUGAAAAUUUGCCAAUUUGA